AUGGUCCGUUCAUUCGUUCUCUCUUUGCUUGCCGUGGCCGGCGCUGUUGUUUCAGCAGCUGCCGUGCCAGAGGAGCGCAAUGCUGUGGAUUGCACCGGUGUUGCUGCCAUCUCACCUUGGUGCCGUUCUAAUGAAGUCCAGUACACACGCGAUGUGUACUAUGUUGGCGGUCGUAUCAUUAACACCGGUACUGCUAACAUCACAGCCGAUCAACUCUAUGUUGAGAAGCUCACCCCUAGCUGUGGUGUACAACAUCGUCACCCUCUCGUCUUCUUUCAUGGUGGUGCUGUCUCAGGCGUCACGUGGCUGAACACUCCCGAUGGGAGAAAGGGCUUCGCCUCUUAUUUUCUCGAGAAAGGAUAUCAGGUCUACCUUCUGGAUCACACUGGAGUUGGUCGCUCUUCUCAAGAGGACACUUCAGAGUAUACCCUCUGGAACGCCACCGGUGUCGAGUCGGUCCAGGCAGGCUUCACUGCUCCGGAGUUGAAACCGACCUACCCUCAGGCUGUACUCCACACGCAAUGGCCUGGCACUGGCCAAAAGGGCGACCCUUACUUCGACCAAUUCAGAAAGGGUGUCAUCCCCUUCACCAGCAACUGGACCAUGGGCGAGCUCUCCAUGCGUGCUUCUGGCUGUGACCUGCUCUCAUUGAUCGGCCCCUCUUACUUGAUCUCCCACUCAUCUGGUGCUCAAUACCCUGUUCUCCUGUCCAACGACUGCCCUGACCUUGUCGCCGGUAACAUCAACCUGGAGCACUCGACCCAGCCCUUCUGGAACUAUGGCACCACUCUCAACUCAGGCUCUUCCAUCCGUCCUUGGGGUCUGGCGAAUACUCCCUUGACCUACGACCCCCCGGCCUCGAACUACACCGAGAUCAGCAAGGAAUGGGUUGGCAACGACACUCUGGCUCUCCGGAGAUGCUACAUGCAGACUGAGCCCGCUCGUCAGCUUCCCAACAUCGCCAAGGUGCCUUACCUAUGCACUACUGGUCAGGCCAGUGUUCACGCCACGUACGAUCACUGCGUUAUCAACUACUUGAACCAGGCUGGUGUCAAGACCGACUGGAUCAAGCUCGGCGACAUUGGUAUCACCGGUAACGGUCACUUUGGACAUCUGGAGCUGAAUAACUUGGAGAUUGCCAAUGUGGUUAGGCAAUGGAUUCAGAAGCAGGAUUAUAUCCGGAAGUAG